CGUUCUAUAAUACAAAUAUGCUUUAGCACUUUUUAGUCUUAUUAUUUUUAUUCUUAUUACUGUAAAUUGUCACACACAUACACACAUACACAGACACACUUACGUGUGAUUAUUAACAUGUAUAAAAACAGUUAGAAAUUAUUUAAAAAGAUAAACGCUCAAACGUCUUUAAUCUACUGUAUGUAGUAAUUUAAUACAUUCAUAAGCAUCAUGAAAUUGGAAAGAUUAGUCUUAGUCUAUAUUAUUGCUGUAUCAGUACAUUUUCAUAAUAAAUGAAACAUGUAGUAAAUAAGUGCAUGCAUUAAUCAAAACAGUGAUUGAUGUUGGACAAGUGGAUGUUGAAAAGUGAUGUUGAGAAGAAAAGCGAAACACCCGUCUUGAAAUUUACACUCACGGUUUUAGCGGUCGCAGGAUGUUGGCGACCAAUUUCGUGGACGUCGCUGUUUAAAUACAUAAUAUAUGACGCUUAUACAGCGUUAAUAAUUCUAAUAUUAUACACAUUUGCAAUAACCCAAGUUAUGGGGCUGAUCUUGAAUCCUGACUCUGAAACAUUUGGCGACGCCUUGUUCAACAGUGUGAUUUCGCUCCUGGCGUGCUACAAGGCAAUUAUUUUACGGAGAAAUCACGAUAGUAUUACAAUAUUAAUUGAUAAUCUUGUCGAGAAGCCAUUCAAACCAAUAGAUCUAAAUGAAAGCAUAAUUCGAGAGAAAUUUGACAAGAGAAUAACGAACAAUACGUUAUGUUAUCUAGUCCUCGUUUUUGUAACUGCGUUGUACAUGAUUAUAAUAUCAUUAUUCACGGAUUUCAAAAAUGGAAUUUUAAUGUACAAAGCAUGGUUACCAUUCGAUUACUCAAUAUCUGUUUUAUUUUAUUUCGCAUACAUUCAUCAGAUAUUAACUUUAAUAUGUAUCGGUCUUGUCCAUCCAACAUGUGACAACUUAAUUUGCGGAUUAUUGCUCCACAUUUGCUGCCAGAUCGAGAUUUUGGAGUAUCGUUUGUCAAACAUCGCGAAUGGUCAACAAAAUCUGCGUGACUGUGUACGUCACCAUAUACGUAUAUACGAAUAUGCAUAUAUACUAAACGAUACUUUUUCCAAAAUAGUUCCUAGUGAGUUUGCAAUGAUUGUAAUAGUAAUGAGCUACAAUUUAAUUAAUAUGGCUUUUAAAUCAUCCAGUACUGCUUCAUACAUACAGGAUGUUAUGGUUGUGGCUAGCACACUGUUUCCAAUUUUUUAUUACUGCUGGUUCGGUAACGAAAUAAAACUAAAGAGUCUCCAAUUAUCAGACAGUAUUUAUAACAUAGAAUGGACAAUAUUCAACAAUAAUAUAAAAAAGGGUCUCUUAAUGAUUAUGAAUCGUGCUACGAUACCAAUCGAAUUUACCAGCGCAGAUAUUAUAUCGGUGAAUCUCGAUUCUUUUGUAAAGGUGCUCAAAACGUCAUAUUCGCUUUUUAAUGUAUUGAUACGUUCGCAGAAAAUAAAAUAUCCUUUAUUUAAUCGUAGGUACGCGAGAAUAGUAAAUCGCAAAUUUGCAAAGAUAAUUGCUCUUCAAUUCGCAGUGAGCAUGUUAGUAGUGUGUGCUAACUUAUACAAACUGGCUUCUAUCUCUCUGACGAUCAAUGGAGACCUUAUUACAUUGUUGAUGUAUACGGUUUGCAUGUUAUCACAGAUCUUCCUCUAUUGCUGGUUUGGAAAUGAACUCAAAUUAAAAAGCGUUGGAGUAACAAAUAGCAUAUAUAAUAUGCAGUGGCAGAUGCUUGAUAAUAAAAGCAAAAAAGAUCUUCUGUUACUCAUGAAGCGAUCAAUGGUUCCCAUUGAAUUUAAUAGUGCGGUGAUUAUCACAUUGAAUCUUGAUUCAUUUGUGUCUUUACUUAAAGCAUCAUAUUCAGCCUACAAUCUAUUAAAACGCUCGCAAGAGGAACGUAAUUAAUAAAUAAAAAUUGUUAGAUACACA